GCUGCUGCCGCUGCUGCCACCGCUCCGCCUGGUCCAGCCUCCAGGCCCAGUGCUCCUACUUUACCGAACCGGGGCGCUCUGCAGAGACAUCCUCACUCCUUCUUGGGGGUCCGGGACGCUUAACUCGGCGUUGGGGGGGGAAGCUCCGCUUGCGGGGGACAGGGAGGGAGGAGCCUGGAGCCGGAGCCAGCGCCACCCGUCGCCCGGAUCAACAGGACAGGACAGGUUGAGGGGCGUCGGGGAAAGGAAGGGGUGCUAUAGGCAGCCCCAGGGGGCGACAAGGAAGCUCGAAUGCGCUAUGAUUUAUUAGGGGCCUGUUCACAUUUGGGGAGUGGUGACAACGUGGGUGCACUCCUCUCAGGGGGCUGGUUAGAUUGGAGGGCGUGGGAUCUAAGUGCCAGCUGUUCCUCAGGAAAUCUAAGGGGCAACCAGAAAAACAAAACUGAUGCUCCUAGUUUCGAGGUGACAGAGGGUCCUCCAGACAACCACCUGGGAUAUGCACUAGGAAGGACCGAUUUGGAGGUGACUUGGAAAGGAGUGGAGGGUAACAAGGUGAGGAAAGGGUCUCAGCAAUUGGAACCCUGUGAUGUCAGAAAUGAAGGCUGACAGUGAAAAAAGGCAUUGUCCUGGAAUCCCUUCUUAUUGAGCAUAGACAGCCUGGAUAUUGAGACAUACUUGUGGGGGGGCUUGUGAGAGAGUGAGAGGUUCACUUCAUUAGAAGAUAGCAAAGGAAGAAGCAUCAGGGCUGGGUUCCUCCCUGACAUUGACAGCAGCCCUGGGAAAGCUAAUAUCCCCAAAGCUAUCCCCUUUAGUUUAUGAGUAGAUUGGGCAGGAGUGACCCCAAAAUAGGGUAGGAAGGUGCCUGAAGAUACUGAAAAGACAUCUUGGAAAUCUGGAGGGUCUUGACUUUGGGUUAGAGGAAGUGGAGACAAGAGACUGAAGAGGAGGGGAGAGUUUCCAGUAAGGGACACAAUUCAUGGGUGAGGUCAGCUCAGGCGUGCAUAGGCUGCUGGAUCCGCUGAAGCUAGUGCAGGGCCCAAGGGUGGGAGCCGGUGGCUGUGGGGGGACGUAGGGAGGUCUGGGGCUUAUCCUCAGGUCCUGUGGGUGGGGCAGUGAGUUGGGUCUUGAGCAUGCCCUGGUGAAGAGGGCUCCUCUGGGGUAGCCCAGGGCGCUCCAGGAGCCUGCUGGUUUGGGGGUAUCUCCUCCCCCGGCGCUAUGGCGGCGCUGGCCAGUAGCCUGAUCCGGCAGAAGCGGGAGGUCCGCGAGCCAGGGGGCAGCCGGCCGGUGUCGGCGCAACGGCGCGUGUGUCCCCGAGGCACCAAGUCCCUUUGCCAGAAGCAGCUCCUCAUCCUGUUGUCCAAGGUGCGACUGUGCGGGGGGCGGCCCACGCGGCAGGAUCGCGGCCCGGAGCCUCAGCUCAAAGGCAUCGUCACCAAACUGUUCUGCCGCCAGGGUUUCUACCUCCAGGCGAAUCCUGAUGGAAGUAUCCAGGGCACCCUAGAGGACACCAGCUCCUUCACCCACUUCAACCUGAUUCCUGUGGGGCUCCGUGUGGUCACCAUCCAGAGUGCCAAGCUGGGUCACUACAUGGCCAUGAACGCUGAGGGGCUACUGUACAGCUCGCCACAUUUCACAGCAGAGUGUUGCUUUAAGGAGUGUGUCUUUGAGAAUUAUUAUGUCCUGUAUGCCUCUGCUCUCUACCGUCAGCGUCGUUCUGGCCGAGCCUGGUACCUAGGCCUAGACAAGGAGGGACGGGUCAUGAAGGGUAACCGAGUCAAGAAGACCAAGGCAGCUGCCCACUUUGUGCCCAAGCUCCUGGAGGUGGCCAUGUACCGGGAGCCUUCUCUCCACAGUGUCCCUGAGACCUCCCCUUCCAGUCCCCCUGCCCCCUGAGAUGUAGUCCCUGGAUUGGAGGCGCCUUGCACUCCCAGUGAGCCAGCCACCGCCACAGCCUGUCUCCUAGCCCUGCUCCAGGCCUUGCUCUUCCCCUGUUGCCACACACAUGUCCUUAGCAGCCAGGUCUCACCAGGUGCUGUGCCCUGAUGGAGCUAGGGGCUGGCUGGAACUUCUGGGGCUGCUGAGCUCUUAGAUCCUGGGGCCCAGAGAAGGUUCAGAGAUGAGGGUCCUGGCUGAUCAAUUCUUUCUUUCCACAACCCCCUCACCAUCAAAAAUAAGCUUUUUCCUGAAAUGACACUGGGGGUUCCAAAAUUGUCAAAGCCAGGCAUACUAUACCUCACCCCUGGCUCAGCCAGUUCCUGAAGCCAUGCACUUCUUUCCAUUGCUUUAUAGGUCCACUGGAGCUCAGGAUCAGUUUCCUUUUCUCCCCACUAUUACCUUCUUCCAUGGUCCAGGUGGGUUCUAGUACACCAAAUACCACAGCCAGGGCCAUUUCUGUGUUCUGUACUAUAACCCAGGCAUGGAUCCUUCAGGCUUCUAUCCUUGACCCAGAUGGACCCCUGGUUUCUCAGAAGAGAGAGGCUAAGUUUGAGCCACCCAGAAGCUUUUAGCCUUGGCCUGAAUUGAAACCAGUCUCAGGUCACCACAGAUUUAAUCUUUGUAUCCCAGAGACACCCAAUUCUAGAGCACGGUGUUCUAGACCUUUUUGGAGCCAUACUUCUACCUGAAUCUCAGCUCUAGAACAUAGACCAUGACUUUCAACCCUUCUUCCCAGGAAGGAACUAGGGCCUAUAUAGCCAAAUUAUUGUUCUAGUGUAAGUUCUAGAACCAUCCUUCCACCUUCUGUCAUGAUUAUUUAAGAAUGAGCUAUGUAUAGAGCCCAGGUAUGAUUCAUAAAGAACUAAUUCAUUCUGAGCUGGGCAUGGUGGCACAUACCUGUAAUCCCAGUACCUGGGAGGCUGAGACAGAGGAUUGCCAGCGG